CGUGUCUGGAUAACAGAGAUGACAAUUUCGUGACGUAGUACACAAGCACCUGUCAACGUAACCUACUAUUGACAUCUUGACAUUGCUCUGAAGGAUUCGUCUGCUUUAGAUACACACCAAAUAUGGCAUUUGCACCAGGCAGUGGGAGAAUUACAAGACACGUUCUUUCCCGGCUGAAGGCUGGACUACCUUUGAUUGGAAAUAUACGAAUGAUCAAUCACAGGCCAAACCACAAUACUGAACAGUUACAGAGAGACUUCUCAGAGAACCGUUUAGGUAUAAAGGAAAUUACCAAAAAUAAUUCGGAAGAAUUCUUAUCUCAUUACGAUUCAAUCUUCUUAGACUGUGAUGGCGUUUUAUGGAGAACAGAUCACGUGACACCGAUCCCAGGUAUCCCUGCUGUGAUGCGAAAACUGCGGGAUUUGGGAAAACAAAUCUUGUUUGUUACUAAUAAUAGCAUUUUAUCUCGUGACCAGUGGUAUCAGAAAUACCUAAAAUACGAUUUUGAUCCGGGUAAAAUGGAAAACAUAUUUUGUGUGGCAUACGCUACGGCAGUUUAUUUACGCGACGUCUUAAAGAUAACCGGAUAUGUGUAUAACGUCGGUUCUGUGGGCAUGGAAAGGGAGCUAACUCUAGCCGGUAUUAAAAACAUAGGAACUGGUGAAGACCCAGAAAAGCCAAGUCCAUACGUAAAAGAUCUGUUAAAUAUGACCUUUAGAAACGAUGUCCAGGCAGUUGUAAUAGGCUUUGACGAGUUUUUUAAUUACACGAAACUUUAUAAAGCAGCUAGCUACCUCACUGACCCAGCCUGUCAUUUUGUCAGCGCCAGCAGUAUCGGGUUUGGUACAGGAGUAAUGAUUGGCCCUAACAGAUUACAGCCGUUUACAGGACCAAUCGUUAGUGCCGUUAAAACGGUGUCUAAACGAGAACCCAUAUUGAUAGGUAAACCUGGCUAUCACAUGUUUGAAUGUAUAAAAGCUACCCAUCCUCGAAUAGACACGUCACGCUGUCUUAUGAUAGGCGAUAGUAUAACAGCCGAUGUUGGUUUCGCUAAAUCUACUGGCAUGGAUUCAGCGUUUGUUUUGAGUGGGUCGGGAACAUUUGACCACGUUAAACAGAACCCACAUCUCGUCCCAGAUUUUUACAUGGAUUCAUUGGUUGAACUGAACUAUGAUAGUUAACCAACAACUACUAGCUAUAGUGAAGGAGGUAGCAAAGAUUUAAUUAACAUCUCAAGUAUAAAAGGUGUGAGGCCUGGAAUCAGUAGAUGUUUGAUCAGGACCCCAACAACCCAAUUCAUAAGUAAUGCUUUGGGGGAAAAACACCAGGGGCGCUGUACACAUUACGGCCAAAAUUGAUUUUUUACACAUCCAUGAAACGAAAGCGGUGUCAAAAUGUAUCUCAGGUUCGCUUAAUUUAAUCUUUGCUAUCCCAUUGACUAUACAUUUGUAAAGGGAUUGGUUCAUAAAUAUAUCAGUGUUCACUAAUAACUAUCAUAGAGACUGUUAAAGGGAUUUUCCACAAGGUUUCCAUCAAUUUCAUCGCUUGUAACACAAAUAAAAAACAAUGACAUCACUUCUGAGUUUAAUCAAAACAUAAUUUCUCGCUUAAUAAAUCUUUCUUUUCUUGUUACACUUCUAAAUAUAUAUUUAAAUUUUAUGGAACCCUUGUUGAAAAUCGUCGGUCUACCCAUUUAAAAUUAAUGAAGCUCACCCAAUUACAAAAUGAACGUCUAUAUUCUUAUUAUUAUUACUUAACAUAUCCCCGGAGCAAAGACAACCACGUACCUUGACAACAACGGGACCAUACUAUGUAUCUUUCUCCGACAACCUACAUUUUAUGAGGUUUGCGGAACCUGCUAUAAGGUCAUUGAAAAAUGCAAUUUUUACAGAGCGUUCAAAUAUGACAAAAAUGUUUAAACAUUUAAAGAAACAUUAUAGUUUAAUUAGAAAACAUCAACUUCAAAUUUGACUGUUGAUUACAUUUUUAGAUUGUUGAAGAAAAUGGCGCCCCUCUUACGACGUGAUAACGACGCCACAACCAGAUUGGUUGACAUCGGGUUGACGUCUGGGAUAGUAUUAAAUUAAUGCAGACUUGAAAUGACAAUAAGUUAUAAUUAGUUCAAUAUUAAG